AUGGCGGCGGCGGCGGCGGCGGCGGAGGGGCGCGAGGAGGCCUGGCCCGAGCUGGCGGCGGCCGGGCGGCGGGAGCUGCGCCUGGAGGCGGGCGCGGCGCUGGAGCGGCGGGUGCGCGCGGCCGGGGGGCGGCUGCCGGGCGCGCUGGGCGAGCUGGGCGCGGCGCUGCGCUCGCUGGAGGUGCGCGGCUGCCCGGCGCUGCGCGAGCCCGGCCCGGCGCUGGGCCGCCUCUCGGGGCUGCAGGCGCUGGCGCUGCCGGGCUGCGCGCUGGGCCCGGCGGGGCUCUCCGGCGCCGGGGCGCUGCUGCCGGCCGCGCUGCGCACGCUCGACCUGUCGGACAACGGCCUGGAGGAGCUGCCGCCGCAGCUGGGCGGCGACGGGGCCGGGGCCGGGGAGGAGGCGGCGGCGGCGGGCGCGGCCGCCCUGCCCGAGCUGCGCCUGCUCAACCUGCGCCGCAACCGGCUGCGCGCGCUGGGGCCCGGCCUGGCCCGCGCGGCCCCGGCGCUGCAGGAGCUGCUGCUGGGCGGCAACCGGCUGCGCGCGCUCCCGGGCCCCCUGCUGCCCCCGCCCGCCCCGGGCGGCCGCCGCCCCGCCCCGCCGCCGCUGCCGCUGCUGGGCGUGCUGGAGGCAUCCGGGAACGAGCUGGAGCAGCUGGGCCCCGAGGUGGCCCUCCUGGCGGGGCUGAAGACUUUGGAUGUCUCGAAUAACAAGCUCUCCGAAGUCCCGGCGGAGCUGGCCGACUGCCCGAAGCUGAAGGACGUCAACCUGAAGGGCAACGCCCUCAAGGACAAACGGCUGGAGAAGAUGGUGAACGGCUGCCAGACCAAAUCUAUCCUGGAGUACCUGCGUGGCGGGGGCCGAGGCGGGGGCCGAGGGAGGAGCAAACCGGAGGGGGCCGAGAGAGUGGAGGCGAGGAAGAAGAAGCGGGGGAAGAACAAGAAGAAAGGAGACGGCAGCGACGACGUGGACGAUACCCAGAAACUCUUUGUGAAAAUUCUUCACGUCUCCGAGAACCCGGUGCCGUUGGUAGUGAAAGCCAGCCCCAGCGCUAAAGACGUCCGCCCUUACAUCGUGUGCUGCGUGGUGAAAGGCAUGGAUUUCAACACAGGCAAUGCUCUGAAGAGAUUCAUCUCAGCUCAGACAAAACUCCAUGAGGACAUCUGUGAGAAACGAACAGCGGCCACCAUCGCAACGCACGACCUGCAGCUGGUGAAAGGGCCGCUUCUCUACGAGGCUCGGGCCCCCGACGAGUUGAAGAUCGUCCCCCUGGGCCGGAAGGAAGCAAAGGCCAAGGACCUCCUUCGGCAGCUGCAGACAGAAGCCGAGGAGCAGAGGAAGCAGAAGAAACGGCAAAAUAUCUCUGGAUUGUACAGGUAUCUUCAGCUACUGGACGGGAAGGAGAGCUAUCCCUGCCUGGUUGAUUCCGAAGGCACCAUUAUUUCUUUCCCACCUAUCACGAACAGUGAGAGGACAAAGCUUGGGAAAACAACAUCAGAUCUGCUUCUGGAAGUGACCAGUGCUACCAGCCUGCAGCUAUGUAAAGAUGUGAUGGAUGCUCUCAUCCUGAAAAUGGCAGAGUUGAACAGGCUGACUUUGGAAAAUAAAGACGGGGACGCUCCCCACGACUCCAGCGAGAUUCUUCAGCCUGAAGCCUCGAGGCCCGAGGGUGGCUCCCGAAACGCCCCUCUGAUCUUGGAACAGGUCCGGGUGGUGGACACAGACGGGAACUUGAAAGUCCUUUAUCCUUCAAAAACGGAUCUGCAUACACCUCUCCUGACAGUCGUCCCUUAAGCACUGUUGGUUUCCCUCUUCGGAUGGGGAAAUACUUCGCGCUGUGGGUGUCACCGGAAACUUUUAUUGAGAUGGCAGGGAGGCCCAGCGCUCUGCUCCCUCGCCAGUGACGGUGGGAAGCUCCGCACUGUUUUCCGCCGCAUGAAUCUGAGGCCUCUGGAGAGAUGCAGACGGUCCGCUUGCUUGGCCCCCCUGCUCAGACCUGGGGUGAGUGUGAAACCCUUGCAAAUGAAGGCGCUCUGGAGUAGUUACUUUAACAAACCGAUUGGCCCCCGUGCUGUGGACAUAACCUGCUGUGCUGUGUGGCUUAUUCCUUCCUUGGGAAAGAAACAUCAUCCAGGCAUCUGGGCUCCUGUAGAUCCUGUGCGGAGGCGGCCCGGUGAUAAAUCACUGGAGGAUGGAGGCCGGAGUCCCAUUCUCUCCCCCCCCCGUAAUGUGGCUUCUCCAGAAGGAGUGGGGUGCUGUAUGUGCCCUGUGACCGGGGCGGGGUGUCCCCAAUGGCCGCAAGCCUCCCCUUCCAAAAUGCAUCCAGGACUGACUGAGGGCACUCCGCCAUUUCCAUUUCACACAAUCUUGGUGGGUGCCGUACGUGGAGCUAGCAAGAACAGCACCUGCGGUAACAGAACUUCCCUUCAGGACAGCCCAAAGAGGAGGGGCCGUUUUUUAAGUUGAGUUUCCAACCCCCCUCCCUCCCAAAACACCCCCAAAUGGCAAGGCAUUGGGGAGCAGCGAGGCUGGGAAAAGUACAUCAGAAAUAAAAGCUGUCCGAAUCUCAGGCUUUUAAGGUGCCGAUAAUCCCAAAAAAGAAUAAAGCAGUCAAAAUC